AUGUCGGUGCCACCGCCCCCACCCGGGGGACACGUGAUGGGUGCGGACGACCCGAACUCCGUACCCAUGAUGCGCAUAGAGGAGCCCGAGCGUGUGUUCGACCGCGAGAAGGUCCUGGGCCGCGACGCCGCCUCGGUGUUUCCCACGAUGGCGCAGGAGAACGCGGACAAGGUGGUGAGCGCCACGCAGGCGGUGGUGGGCUCGAUGAGCUUCGUGACCGAGUCCGAGCUCGCCGAGAUCAAGGCGAAGCGAGGUGGCGCGCUCAGGCCCGAGGACGGCACGAUGGAACCGGAGAAACCCCUGUGGCAGGUGUUGCAGGAGGCGAAGGACGCCAAGGAGGAGGCGUUCCAGGAGGGUUGGAAGACGAUGAAGCAGGGGAUCUACAAGCCCGUGGACGAGGAGGAGGUGGAGUUCCUGGACGAGGUCGCGGACAGAAGGCGCGAGGAGGAACAGAGGCUCAAGCAACGGGAGCAGGAUGAGGCCGAGGCCUUCAGGCUAAUGCGGGAGAACAGGGUGGUGAAGAAGGCGGUGGCUCCGACGACCGAGGCGAUCAAGAGGGGCGCGGAUCCGCUGGCUCAGAGCGUCGCGAAAAAGCUAAAGUCUCCGGGUCCCGCAGUCGUGGUGGUCAAGAGGGCAAAGCCGGCGCCGAAGAAAGGGGAGGAGCCCAAGAAGGAGGAAGACUCGGACGAUGAAGGCGGCGGGCUCGGGCUCCUGGGCGACUACGGCAGCGAUAGCGACUGA